AUGGACAGGCAGAUUGGACAGAUCUCCAAGCAAAUUGCCAUGGAAAGACCAUCAAGCUUACUACCAAGCGAUACCAUCCCUAAUCCAAAGGAGGAAUGCAAAGCUAUACAACUAAGGAGUGGAAAGAUCUUGGUAAAGAAUGAAGAAGUAACCAAGAAGUCAAGGGAAAGUGACAAGAAACAAGCUGAAGAAGAGAAAGCCAAUGAUGAGGAUGUAACAGCAAGCAAGCAAACUCAAGAUCAGGCUCAAGAAAAGGAAGGCCAGCCACAAAUAUCAAGAAAAGGGAAAGAAGCAAUGAAAGAAUCACCCAAGGACCAAAGGCAGGGAGUGAAUCCCACACCUCCAUUGCCAUAUCCUCAAAGGUUCAGCAAAGAGACUAAGGAUCAAUACUUCCCUAAAUUUCUUGAAGUCUUCAAGAAAUUAGAGAUAAACAUUCCACUGGCCAAAGCAUUGGAACAGAUGCCCCUGUAUGCAAAGUUCUUAAAAGAACUUAUCAACAAGAAGAGAAGUUGGCAAGGGAAUGAAACUAUACUGCUCACUGAAGAAUGCAGAGCAUUAAUCCAGAAAGGACUUCCCCCUAAACUUGAAGAUCCUGGAAGCUUCUUUCUACCUUGUGCCAUUGGUAAUAUGACCAUCAACAAGGCAAUGUGUGACUUAGGAGCUAGUAUCAAUCUGAUGCCUUCCUCUCUAGUGAAAAAGUUGUGCAUAGAAGAAGUGAAACCAGUACAGAUGUCUUUAGAACUGGUGGACAAGUCAGUGAUAUGUCCCAGGGGUGUGAUUGAGAACCUUCUAGUCAAGGUAGACAAAUUCAUAUUCCCUGGAGAUUUUGUGGUCUUAGACUCAGAUGAGGAUGAAGGUGAUUCCAUUAUACUGGGAAGACCAUUUUUAGCCACUGCUAGAGCCAUUAUAGACGUAGAACAAGAAGAGUUAACCCUCAGAAUGCAUGAUGAAAGCGUUACCCUGAAUGUAUUUCCAGAAACACAGCUCAUUGAAAAAGAGAAAGAGAUUGUGCAGAGUGAUGAAGAAAUUCAAGAAGACAGUGAAGUGACAAAGAAGGUUGAGGCAAAGACAAGAAGAAGACACGGCUAG